GAGCGCCCAGCCCAGACACCCAACGCAGAGUCCUGGCCCGGAGCACCAGUGUCCCGGCGUCCUUUCUCCCUGACUGACCCUAGUUUUUCAGCCAAAACCUUUGACCAGAGUCUCCUUGCCAGCAUUCCUAAAGCUUUGCCAGCUCUUGCACCAGACAACCCGGACCUCCUCUGGGCGCCAGCUCCUCGGCUCCAACCCGUCCAGAAUCAAGCGGGAUUUUUUUUUCCCUCUAGAAAUUGGCUUUGGUGUGUCGCCCGCCUUCUCCCCUCCUCCUCUCAACUCCUCCCCUCCCUUUUUUUUCUCUCCUCCUUCUUCUUCUUCCUGAGACAUGGCCCGGGCAGUGGCUCCUGGAAGAGGAACAAGUGUGGGAAAAAGGAGAGGAAAUCGGAGCUAAAUGACAGGAUGCAGGCGACUUGAGACACAAAAAAGAGACGCGCUUCUCGCGGAUUCAGGCAUUGCCUCGCUGCUAGCCUUCCCCGCCAAGACCCGCUGAGGAUUUUAUGGCUCUUAGACGGACUUAAGAGCAUUUCGGCUUGUUAAGAUUCGGGUUUGCUGGGCUUUCGUCCGCGCAAUCGUGUUCUCCCGCAGCUGCCUUGGGACUGGCUCGGCGAAGGAGGAUGGAGAGGGGGCUGCCGUUGCUGUGCGCCGCGCUCGCCCUUGCCCUCGCCCGGGCCGGCGCUUUCCGAAGCGAUAAAUGUGGAGGGACUAUAAAAAUUGAAAACCCGGGGUACCUUACAUCUCCCGGUUACCCGCAUUCUUAUCACCCAAGUGAGAAGUGUCAAUGGCUGAUCCAAGCUCCAGAACCCUACCAGAGAAUCAUGAUCAACUUCAACCCACACUUCGAUUUGGAGGACAGAGACUGCAAGUACGACUAUGUGGAGGUGAUCGAUGGGGAUAAUGAAAAUGGCCGUCUGUGGGGCAAGUUCUGUGGGAAGAUCGCACCGUCUCCUGUGGUGUCUUCAGGGCCCUUCCUCCUCAUCAAAUUUGUCUCUGACUAUGAGACACAUGGGGCCGGGUUUUCUAUCCGUUAUGAAAUCUUCAAGCGAGGUCCGGAAUGUUCUCAGAACUACACAGCACCUAGUGGAGUGAUAAAGUCCCCAGGGUUCCCUGAAAAAUACCCUAACAGCUUGGAGUGCACCUACAUCAUCUUUGCACCGAAGAUGUCUGAGAUUAUCCUGGAGUUUGAAAGUUUUGACCUGGAGCAAGACUCAAAUCCUCCAGGAGGAAUGUUCUGUCGCUAUGACCGGCUGGAGAUCUGGGAUGGGUUCCCUGAAGUCGGCCCUCACAUUGGACGCUACUGUGGGCAGAAAACACCUGGUCGGAUCCGCUCCUCUUCAGGCGUUCUAUCCAUGGUCUUUUACACCGACAGCGCCAUAGCAAAGGAAGGUUUCUCAGCCAACUACAGUGUGUUGCAGAGCAGCAUCUCUGAAGAUUUCAAGUGUAUGGAGGCUCUGGGCAUGGAAUCUGGAGAGAUCCAUUCUGACCAGAUCACGGCAUCCUCACAGUAUGGCACCAACUGGUCUGUAGAGCGUUCCCGCCUGAACUACCCUGAAAAUGGGUGGACUCCCGGACAGGACUCCUAUCGGGAGUGGAUCCAGGUGGAUUUGGGCUUCCUGCGAUUCGUCACUGCUGUCGGGACACAGGGUGCCAUUUCCAAGGAAACCAAGAAGAAGUAUUACGUCAAGACUUACAGAGUAGACAUCAGCUCCAAUGGAGAGGACUGGAUCACCCUGAAAGAGGGAAAUAAGGCCAUUAUCUUUCAGGGAAACACCAACCCCACCGAUGUUGUCUUAGGAGUUUUCCCCAAACCACUAAUAACUCGAUUUGUCCGGAUCAAACCUGUAUCCUGGGAAACUGGUAUAUCUAUGAGAUUUGAAGUUUAUGGCUGUAAGAUAACAGAUUACCCCUGCUCUGGAAUGUUGGGCAUGGUGUCUGGACUUAUCUCAGACUCCCAGAUUACAGCAUCCAACCAAGGAGACAGAAACUGGAUGCCAGAAAACAUCCGCCUGGUGACCAGUCGCUCUGGCUGGGCCCUGCCACCCUCAGCCCACCCAUACAUCAAUGAGUGGCUCCAAGUGGACUUGGGGGAUGAGAAGAUAGUGAGGGGUGUCAUCAUUCAGGGUGGGAAGCACCGAGAAAACAAGGUGUUCAUGAAGAAGUUCAAGAUCGCCUACAGUAACAAUGGCUCCGACUGGAAAAUGAUCAUGGAUGACGGCAAGCGCAAGGCUAAGACUUUCGAAGGCAACAACAACUAUGACACACCUGAGCUCCGGACCUUUUCACCUCUCUCCACACGGUUCGUCAGGAUCUACCCUGAGAGAGCCACACACAGUGGGCUUGGGCUGAGGAUGGAGCUCCUGGGCUGUGAAGUGGAAGCACCUACAGCUGGACCAACCACACCCAAUGGGAACCCAGUGGACGAGUGUGACGAUGACCAGGCCAACUGCCACAGUGGCACAGGUGAUGACUUCCAGCUCACAGGAGGCACCACUGUCCUGGCCACAGAGAAACCAACCAUUAUCGACAGCACCAUCCAAUCAGAGUUCCCGACCUAUGGCUUUAACUGCGAGUUUGGCUGGGGCUCUCACAAGACGUUCUGCCACUGGGAACACGACAGCCAUGCACAGCUCAAGUGGAGUGUGCUGACCAGCAAGACAGGGCCCAUUCAGGACCAUACAGGAGAUGGCAACUUCAUCUAUUCCCAAGCUGAUGAAAAUCAGAAGGGCAAAGUAGCCCGCCUGGUGAGCCCCGUGGUCUAUUCCCAGAACUCUGCCCACUGCAUGACCUUCUGGUACCACAUGUCCGGGUCUCACGUGGGUACACUGAGGGUCAAACUGCGCUACCAAAAGCCAGAGGAAUACGAUCAGCUGGUCUGGAUGGUGGUCGGUCACCAAGGAGACCACUGGAAAGAAGGGCGUGUCUUGCUGCACAAAUCUCUGAAACUAUAUCAGGUGAUUUUUGAAGGUGAAAUUGGGAAAGGAAACCUUGGUGGGAUCGCUGUGGAUGACAUCAGUAUUAACAAUCACAUUUCUCAGGAGGAUUGUGCAAAACCAACAGACCUAGAUAAAAAGAACACAGAAAUUAAAAUUGAUGAAACAGGGAGCACCCCCGGAUAUGAAGGGGAAGGGGAAGGUGACAAGAACAUCUCCAGGAAACCAGGCAACGUGCUUAAGACCCUGGACCCCAUCCUCAUCACCAUCAUAGCCAUGAGUGCUCUGGGGGUACUCCUGGGUGCCGUCUGUGGAGUUGUUCUGUAUUGUGCCUGUUGGCACAAUGGGAUGUCGGAAAGAAACCUGUCUGCCCUGGAGAACUAUAAUUUUGAACUUGUGGAUGGCGUCAAGUUGAAAAAAGACAAACUGAACCCACAGAGUAAUUACUCAGAGGCAUGAAGGCGCAGAUCUGGAGGGAGCACGGGAGGACCGAGGUGGGAGGACAGUGGAGGUGCGGGGACUCUGUUGCUCUGCUCUCACUGUAAGCUGGAAAGGGCGUCCGUGACGCCACGCCAGGCUUUUCUCAGGAGCUUCAAUGAGCGUCACCUACAGACGCAAGCAGGUGACUGGUAACAACCGGAAUCAUGUACCGCCCACUUUCUUCUCUUGGUUUCAUUUGGAUAAUCAGAAGCCGGUUGAGACCAAGUGUGACUGACUUCAUGGUUCAUCCUCUCUUCCCCGCUUUUUUCUCUCUCCUUACCCUGUGAUGGAUUCUUCUCAAAAACUGCAAAAUCCAAGAUGCUGGCUCCAGGCAUUGUUCAGUGGGCCCUUUUGAUGGGCAUGCGAUCUGUAGCCCAGUGCCCAGAGCAUAUUAGUGUAACCACGUAUCAGGGGACACCAACAUCCGCCUUUGCCUCGCUAACCUGCAGUGAGCGCAGCGUGGGGGAGAAAAGAAUUAGACUAUUUUGUCUGCAAAGUACUGUGGCCUCAGUACCCGUAUAGCGUGUCAGCUCUGUUUACCAAGCAAUACCGACAGAUUUUAUUGAUGUUUUACAGUGUUGUACCGAAUCUCGUGUUUGUGACCUCCAUUCAGAAUACCAUACCAUGCAGCCACCAAACUGCUGGCACCUGGGUGUCCCGCUGAUGACCACCACAAAAGUCUUCGGCACUGGCUAGUCUUCGUCCUCUCAAGUGCCUUUUUGUUUGUACUGGUUCCUUGUGUCCCGUGGAUGACCCACUCUGUUUCUGGUGAAAACCCUUCUCUUCAAUCAGACCUGGUGGCCCACUGACUAAGAAGAAAGUAUAUUUUAGUGUGCUACGCCGACCCCGGGAAGGCAAGGGCUCUGAAGACCUGGCAACGUGGCUUAAUUGUUCUGCUUUUUUCUGAAGUUCAAUGUCAUGUCUCUUGACCCUUUGUAUAAAGCUGCAAUGUUCUCUCUCAUUGUUCUUUCCUAUGGAAUGUAUUUUCAGAUGUAAACUCUUGACUCUUUCUCUCUUCCCUCCGUCCUUUUUUCCUCUCUUAGAAUCGAAGCAUUUGCCACUGUCCAGAAUGAACCUUGCAGCUUUAACCUGCUGGCGAUGGCGAACAAUUUUACUAGACUUUAUGUUUUAAGAUAAUUAAGUAAGGGGAAAUUCCUAACUUUGUCCUCCAAAGUCUAACUUUGGGUUUCUUGUUAACUGGUUAAAGUGACAGUAUCUUUUUUCCUUAAGCCAUGUGCUCAUCCAUUAUGAUUAGGUUGAUGUUUAAUAUGAACAUUUGCAUCUAAUGGAAGUCAUGAGAUGAAAGAAAAAAAAGAAUACCAACUGGCUUUCUGAUGAGACCCACAGGAAACAAUGAAUAAAAUCCCCAAAUCUAAAAGGACUUGAAAAUUUUACAUCCAAAUAUACAAAAUGAUCCCUGAGAACCUUCCUGUUUUGUUAUUGGGUCAGAGGAGGGGCGGGAAAAGAACAGCUCAUUUAAGAUAUAAACAAUAAACCUGAUGCCCAAGGCAAAGCUAUUUUAAGACUCGGCAGAAGGGGUGCAUAAAGUCAAAGCCAAUGUUUAGAGCAAACUAUUCAACAGAAACCCUGAAAAAAAUUUUAAUGACUGCUUCUAGAAACUUCCAAUGACUAAUAAAGAGGAAAGGUCUAUCUUAGGGCUGGCAAGGCAUAACCUUCAACAGCACAAAAAGGUUGAUAUCUUAACCCAAAGCAGCUUGUGGCUGGUGGAAUCUGUCUUGUGGAGCUGUAUGUAAGAACUCCCGAGUCUUCUCCUUCCCCAUGUGGCUGUAGGUCUCAGUUAUGUUUCCUGGAGAUCACAUUUGCUUCCUGGAUGAAUGGUCCGUUCACCUUGGUUUAAUGGGAUUGAGAAUGUCUUUUUUCCAGGAAAGUAUUGAUCACACACACAAAAAAGAUUAUGUUUUUAUUCCCAGGGGCAUCUUUUACUUGUUACAAUCAUACUGGGAGGAAAGCAUUAAGUGAGACUUUGUUUCUAAGGCAACAGACUUAACCCAUGUCCUCAGCCAAGGAAAAAAUGAUACUGAAACUUAAAAUUUUAAAGUACCUUGCACUGAUAAAUAUAUUUAAAAGUUAUAUGUUUAUAAAGUUAUUAAUUUGUAAAGGCAGUGUUACAAAAUGUUCAGUUUAUAUUGUUUUAGAUUGUUUCGUAAUUUUUAAAGGUGUAAAAUAACAUAUUUUUUCUUUAUUGAAAUCUAUAAGACUUUCUGUAGUAAGAUGUCUCAUUUUCUGGUAUAUUAUUGCUUCAUGUUUUGUACCCUCAUAAAAUUUUGUGCAAAUUUUUUUUACAGAAAUUUUUAUUUUCUAUGAUGAUAUGUAUGACACUUGUAAAUUGUUGUUUCAAAAUGAACAGCGAAGCCUUAACUUGAAAUGACAUUUGUAUUCUCUGAGUAGCAUAAAAAAAACCACCUAGAAUGAACUGUAACUUAAGCUCCAAACUACACAUUCCAAAGAAGCAGUUGAAUUAAACAUUUUCAUAGAAAUCCCAAA